AUUCGAUUGGAUGGAGACGUGAGCUCGCUCGCUAUCCUCUCAACGAUGGCGUUUCGAGCUACCUUUGCCGCUAGCGGUAUCGAAAUGCCGCUCAACGUCGCCACGUACCUCCGAGGACUCUGUCAAUACGUCUCGUUCGUUCUAGCUGCAAUUGCGUUGAUCGCGGGACUCUACACGCUGGCAAAUGGCUGCACGAGCGAGGGCUACAACCUCUUUGAAGUCAACCGCGUUGGUGGCUUGAUCUGGAUCGGUCGUCCGCUGCUCUUUGUCCGGAGUGUCACAGCACUCUGCAUUCUCAGCACCGCCACGCUUCAGCUCCAAAAGACUGGGAUCAUGACGCAACUGACGGCGUCCAGAGACGACGUGGAGCCAGUCAUUGCGUACAUCACCAAGAUCCUCGCAGCGAGCGAGCUCGGCUGGCUUGUCUACAUCUUUGACGACCUGUGCAUGGCGUGGACACGCCAGUACAGUGCGAGCUACACGACCAAGACAGCGAUGACGGCGUGGCUGAUUGCGAUCGUCCUGAGUUUUACGAACCCUGUCUCCCACAGCGCAACGAUCCAGCGGUCGUGUUCUCUGGGUGAAAUGGAUUUUGAAAUGGUGUGCCACAGCGGUGUCGUUGCCAUUGGAUCCGUCUCUCGCCUGCUCUUGCUCGUCGGUAUCGCGCUCGGUGGCUCGAUGCUCGUCUACAUUCUGGAUCGCGCCAGUCACAAACUGCCGCCGCUGGACGAGCGCGACUCGUUCUUGGUCUCGUGCAGUGCCAAGUACCUCUUUGAGAGAAAAGGUUGGGUCCACGACCGCGUCUACUACAUCGACUUUGCGUCCGCAGCUUUGACCGGCCUCCUUGUCUGCUCGUACAAAGGCGACCUCCAUGUCUUUGACAUCAAAACGUGGCGCACGCUCGUGCUGCAUCGCAGCGACCUUCAAGCUGCCACAGCGUCGCACCCGUCGGCACCGCACCUCGCCCGCGCCCUCCCGCUCAUCAAGUAGAGUAUAUUUGACGGCUCACGUGCCAGCCACCGUUGCUGAUUGUGCUUGACGUUGCUUGCAUUUUUGUAUAUCUUGCCCUACAGCUUGUAUAGUCCUAGUCGAUUUCUC